AUGGGAGGCCCAAAGAGGCCUCGACUGAAGUUGCUCCCAUGGCAGCGAUGCCUGGCCGUGGCAGUUUGUGGGACGUGCGCAGCCGCGAUUGCGCGUGGCGCCGUGUUUAGCUCGACCUUCCUCGAGCUGCCUCGCCGGGCGCUCUGGCUCCUGCCGCUUGUGCCCCUCGCGGCACCGGCACCGGCCUUGGCCGAGCUCGAGGGCGCGCGGGAGCGCGUGGCUGCCGUGGCGCAGAAGCUGGAAGAGCUGGCGAAGACGGAGACCUUUGCAAAGGUGGCCGCAGGUGGAGGUGACAGUAUCAGGCGCGAGCUGGGAACUGUCGGCACAACGUCGCCCCUUUUCGAUGCGGAGAAGGCCUUCAAGGCCAUGGCCGAAGAGGUGGAAGACCCAGAGGUGUAUUUUGAGACCCUGGAGAAGCUCAAGGAGGCAGUCACCAACGCAGAUGCGGAUGCCUACUCCAGCAUCUUCUCCAUGAACAGUGCUGCCGCCACUCCGCCUCAGGUUUACAAGGACCGGGCCUUCAAGGAGGUGCAAGAUGCGCGUGCCAUGGCCCGGGAGCUGAUGGCAAUGCUGAAGAUGAAGUAG